UCUUGGAUGUUCAAGUUCGGACUCAUCUAUUUUUUGAAUUUAAUAUUUUUGUCCAAUCCUCCUGCUGGUCUUUUGGCUUUAGCAGAUAGCUCAUAGCAUUAACAGAAUGAAGAUGUGAUCAUACUGUAUUUGAGUGUCCUACAGAAGAGCAGUGAAUCUUUGCGGCAUUAUGGUCUCGGUGUGUUUCAACAGCUGGUUAGGGAUUCCCUUUCCAAUCGAGCUUCGUGUGUCGUGGCAGGAAUGCUUAAUUUUCUUCUUGACUGGUUUGUCCAAGAAGGUGAUGACAGUAUCAUUUUGAAAAUUGCGCAAUUGAUUCAGGUUAUCGGUGGUUAUAGCAUAUCCGGGAAGGAUAUUCGCAAGAUUUUCGCUCUCCUUCGAAGUGAGAAAGUGGGGACUCAACUGCAAUACUGCUCAUUAUUGUUGACUACUGUUUUAUCAAUGUUAAAUGAGAAAGGACCAACUAGCUUCUUUGAUCUCAAUGGAAAUGACUCUGGAAUCAUAAUUAAAACACCUGUGCAUUGGCCUCUGUACAAGGGUUUUUCUUUUUCAUGUUGGCUUAGGGUGGAGGACUUACCCAAGAAUGGAACAAUGGGGCUUUUCAAGUUCUUCACUGAAAAUAGAAGAGGGUUCUUAGCAGCAGUAGCAAAAGAUAAGCUUAUAUAUAAGUCUAUCAAUCUGAAACAAUAUUCUAUUCAGACACAUGUUAAUCUAGUCAAGAGGAAAUGGCACUUUCUUUGUAUUACUCAUACCAUUGGAAGAGCAUUUUCUGGGGGUAGCCUAUUUAGAUGUUAUCUUGAUGGCAAUCUUGUAUCUUCUGAAAGAUGCAGAUAUGCAAAAGUCAGUGAAUUAUUGACUAACUGCUCCAUUGGUACAAAAAUGGUAUGGCCUCAAAGUGAAGAUAAUACACGGAACUCCAACCCGGAUUUUUUGCCUUUUUUUGGUCAGAUCGGUCCACUUUAUUUGUUUGCUGAUGUCAUUUCCUCUGAGCAAGUUAAGGCUGUACAUUCCCUUGGACCGAGCUACAUGUAUUCCUUCCUGGAUAAUGAAGCUACUGCAUUUGGGGGUAACCCAUUGCCUAGUGGAAUUCUUGAAGCAAAAGAUGGUCUUGCAUCAAAAAUUGUGUUUGGGCUCAAUGCACAGGCAAGUGAUGGCAAGAAAUUGUUUAAUGUUUCACCUGUAUUGGAUCAUGCAUUGGAUAAGAAUUUAUUUGAAGCAACUAUAAAGGUUGGUACACAGUUAUGUUCCCGGCGCUUGUUCAAAGAGAUAAUUUACUGUGUUGGAGGUGUUUCUGUGUUUUUCCCUCUUAUAUCUCAGUCUGAUAGAUAUGAAAAUGAUGAAAUUCAAGUUUUAGAAAGCACUCUAGUCCUCCCAGUUGCAAAAGAGCGUUUGACCGCUGAAGUUAUUGAGCUUGUUGCUUCUGUCUUAGAUGAGAACUUAGCAAAUCAACAACAGAUGCAUCUUCUUUCUGGAUUUUCAAUACUGGGAUUUUUAUUGCAAUCAGUUCCACCUCAGCAACUCAAUAUGGAAACUCUCUCUGCAUUGAAGAAUUUGUUUAAUGUUUUAUCUUCCUGUGGAUUGGCAGAGCUGCUCAUAGAAGAAAUCAUAUCUUCUAUUUUUCUUAAUCCCCUUACCUGGAUGUACACAGUUUACAAGGUGCAACGUGAACUGUACAUGUUUCUCAUUGAACAGUUUGAUAAUGAUCCGAGGCUGCUUAAAAGUUUGUGCCAGUUCCCUCGUGUUAUUGACAUAAUACGGCAGUGCUAUUGGGAUAAUGUGAAAUCUCGGUUUGCAAUUGGAGGCCAACCUCUUUUACAUCCUAUUACUAAACAAGUUAUUGGAGAAAGACCUAGUAGAGAAGAAAUACAAAAAAUUCGUCUUCUUUUAUUAAGUCUUGGUGAAAUGAGCCUCAGGCAAAGCAUUGCACCAGCUGAUAUAAAAGCUCUUAUAGCUUUUUUUGAAACAAGCCAUGAUAUGACGUGCAUUGAGGAUAUUUUAAAUAUGGUUAUACGUGCUGUUUCUCAAAAACCAUUACUUAUGUCCUUCCUUGAACAAGUAAAUCUGAUAGGUGGCUGUCGCAUUUUUGUCAAUCUGCUACAGAGGGAAUAUGAACCUAUCAGGUUGCUCAGCUUGCAAUUUAUAGGAAGACUUUUGGUUGGUUUCCCAUCGGAGAAAAAGGCGACAAGGUUUUUCAAUCUUGCAGUUGGAAGAACAAAACCUCUUUCAGAAAACAACAAGAAAGUCAGCUCAAGGUUGCAACCACUCUUCUCAGUUAUAUCUGACAGGUUGUUUAAAUUCCCACAGACGGAUAAUUUGUGUGCAACCUUGUUUGAUGUUCUUCUAGGUGGUGCUAGCCUCAAAGAGGUGUUACAGAAAAAUAGUACAACGGACAAGCAGAGAAGCAGAGGCAAAAAUUCUCAUUUUUUCCUUCCUCAGAUGUUGGUUCUGAUUUUCAGAUUCCUAUCUGGUUGCAAAGAUGCUUCUGCAAGAAUGAAAAUAAUUAGUGAUCUACUUGAACUUCUUGAUUCAAAUACUUUGAAUAUAGAGGCAUUAAUGGAAUAUGGUUGGAAUGCUUGGUUAACAGCUUCUGUGACACUUGACAUUGUAAAACCCUAUAGGCCUGAUUCAAGAUAUUGUGGUGACUAUGAGGCAAAUGAGAAAAAUCUUGUGAUGAAGGUUUUCUCUGUUGUGCUUUGUCAUUACAUACAAUUUGUAAAAAGUGGCUGGCAAAGAUUAGAGGAAACUGUAAAUUUUCUUCUUGUUCAUUGUGAGCAAGGUGGCAUAUCAUGCCAAGACUUGCUUUAUGACAUAUAUGACAACUUGAUUCAAAGGCUAGUAGAUUUAUCUUCUGAGGAGAAUAUUUUUAGUUCACAGCCUUGUCGUGACAACACAUUAUACUUUCUGCGACUGGUUGAUGAGAUGCUUAUAUCUGAAGCUGGAAUUAAACUUCUGUUUCCAGCUAUUAGUUCGGAGUCUUUUCUGGAUUCUUUAAUGGUAGAAGGCCAGAAAGAUUAUACCACUUUGUUGCAUGAGGUCUUGCGAGGAGAAUUUGAUGACAAAGUGUCUGGAAACGCAUUGGCUUCUGAGGAAUCAAUAACAAGUGAAGAUGAUAUAAUUAAUGAUAAGUGGUGGAACUUAUUUGACAACUUAUGGAUUGUUAUUAGUGAGAUGAAUGGGAAGGGUCCAAGCAAGAUGCUGCCUAGAAUUACAGUAUCAGUUGGUCCAUCUUUUGGCCAAAGAGCACGUGACUUGGUAGAAUCUCUUAAUAUCCCUGCCACAGAAAUGGCUGCUGUUGUUAUAUCCGGGGGCUUUGGCAAUGCAUUGAGUGGAAAACAAAACAAAGUUGCUGAUAAAGCCAUGGCUUUGAGGGGGGAAAGGUGUCCAAGAAUUGUAUUUCGACUAUUAAUCAUAUAUCUCUGCAGAGCUUCCCUAGAAAGAGCAUCACGCUGUGUCCAACAGUUCAUCUCACUUCUGCCUUCCUUUUUGGGCACUGAUGAUGAGCAAAGCAAGAGUAGACUGCAACUCUUCAUCUGGUCUUUGCUUCUUGUACGAUCCCGGUAUGGAAAGUUGGAUGAUGGUGCUCGUUUUCAUGUUAUAGCACAUGUGAUUCGAGAAACUGUAAACUCUGGGAAGUCAAUGCUUGCUACUAGCAUGAUUGGUAGGGAUGACUUAUUCAAUACAAGCAGCCUCUCAAGAGAAACGGGCUCCUUGCACAAUCUAAUUCAGAAGGAUCGAGUGCUUUCUGCGGUUACUGAUGAGUCCAAGUAUGUGAAGAUGUUGGAAUCUGACCGCAGCAGACACUUGCAGGAGCUUCGUGCUAAAAUGGAUGAAAAUUCCUCUUUAGAAAUUAAUACCCAGAAGACAUUUGAAGACGAGAUACAAAGUAGCUUACGCAGUAUUCUUGCUUCAGAUGAGAGCAGAAGGGCUGCAUUCCUUCUUGCCCAUGAGGAGGAGCAGCAAAAUGUUGCUGAAAAAUGGAUGCACAUGUUUCGUACUUUAAUCGAUGAAAGGGGCCCGUGGUCUGCUAAUCCAUUUCCUAAUGGUGCUGUGAUACAUUGGAAACUUGAUAAGACCGAAGAUAUACGGCGGCGUAGACCAAAGUUAAGGCGGAAUUAUCAUUUUGAUGAAAAGUUGUGUCAUCCUCCUUCCACUUCUCCUUGUAAUGAAGCUACUCUGCCAAAUAGCGAGAGCAAGCCAAGUUUUGUGGGGCAUAUUCCUGAACAAAUGAAGAAGUUUCUGCUCAAAGGAGUACACAGGAUAACUGAUGACGGCAGCUCAGAACCUGCUGAGAGUGGUGCUGGACCUGAUGAUCCUUCUGACAUUCACAGUGCAGAAAUUAUUAAAAGCAGUAGUGAUCAGAUUGACAUUGUGCCAGAUAGAAAAGAGCUUUCAUCACCUUCUCAAGAAACAGAAACUAGUGAGGUUCUUAGGUCAGUUCCAUGUGUGCUUGUAGCCCCAAAAAGAAAACUGGCAGGUCGAUUGGCAGUCAUGAAAGAUGUUUUGCAUUUCUUUGGUGAAUUUUUGGUUGAAGGUACUGUGGGGUCUUCAGUUUUCAAGAACUUGAAUGAGUCAAGCCUUUCCGAGUCCGCAAGGGCUGAUCACAAGCCAAAGUCUUUUCAUUGGUCCUUCCAUCUUGGUAUGUUUUCUGAGAAGGGGACUUCUCCUGACAAUAUGGAGGCAGAAGAUUUGCAUAAGAAGGAAUUACGAACAGUUAAGCGUCAUCGGAGAUGGAAUAUUAGCAAGAUAAAAGCUGUUCAUUGGACUCGGUAUUUGCUUAGAUACAAUGCAGUUGAGAUUUUCUUCAGUGAUUCUAUGGCUCCCAUAUUUAUAAACUUUGCUUCACAAAAGAAUGCAAAAGAGAUUGGAACCCUGAUAGUUUCUACCAGAAAUGAGCUGUUGUUUCCCAGAGGAAGUAGUAGGGACAAGAGUGGCAUUAUUUCAUUUGUUGAUAGACGUGUGGCAGUGGAAAUGGCAGAAACUGCUAGAGAGAGAUGGAAGAGAAGGGAUAUAACGAACUUUGACUAUUUGAUGAUUCUCAACACACUUUCAGGAAGAUCUUAUAAUGAUUUGAGUCAGUAUCCUGUCUUUCCUUGGGUUUUGGCUGAUUACUCAUCUGAGGUUCUUGAUUUUAACAAGUCAGCAACUUUUCGGGAUCUCUCCAAGCCUGUUGGAGCACUGGACUCAAAACGGUUUGAGGUGUUUGAAGACAGAUAUCAAAACUUCUGUGAUCCCGAUAUACCCAGUUUCCAUUAUGGGUCUCAUUACUCAAGCAUUGGGAUUGUGCUUUAUUACCUCCUUCGAAUGGAACCUUUCUCAUCUCUUCACCGUAAUUUUCAGGGUGGUAAAUUUGACCAUGCAGAUCGUCUUUUUCAAUGCAUCGAAGGAACAUAUAAGAAUUGCCUUUCUAAUACAAGUGACGUGAAGGAGUUGAUUCCCGAGUUCUUUUACAUGCCUGAGUUUCUGAUCAAUUCAAACUCUUAUCAUCUUGGGGUGAAACAAGAUGGUGAACUCAUAAGUGAUGUUUCUCUUCCUUCCUGGGCUAAGGGUUCACCUGAAUUGUUCGUAAGUAAAAAUAGAGAAGCCCUAGAAAGUGAGUAUGUUAGCUCAAAUCUCCACCACUGGAUUGAUUUGAUAUUUGGUUACAAGCAGCGUGGUAAACCAGCAGUAGAGGCUGCAAAUAUCUUCUAUUAUUUAACUUAUGAAGGUGCUGUAGAUCUGGACACCAUGGAUGAUGAUCUCCAGAGAUCAGCAAUUGAAGAUCAGAUUGCAAAUUUUGGUCAGACGCCUAUCCAGAUUUUCUGUAAAAGACACCCUAGAAGAGGGCCUCCAAUUCCAAUUGCUCAUCCUCUAUCUUUUGCACCUGCUUCUAUUAGUUUGACAUCUAUUCUUUCUUGUAUGAGUAAUCCACCAUCAGCUGUUUUGUACGUUGGAUUACUGGACUCGAACAUUGUCAUUGUGAACCAGGGGCUUACUUUAUCUGUUAAGAUGUGGUUGACAACCCAACUCCAAUUCGGUGGAAAUUUCACCUUCUCAGGUUCUCAGGAUCCUUUCUUUGGAGUUGGUUCUGAUAUUCUUUCUCCUCGUAAAAUUGGGAGUCCUCUAGCAGAAAAUGUUGAACUUGGUGCACAAUGCUUUGCAACAAUGCAAACACCAUCCGAGAACUUUUUAAUUUCAUGUGGUAAUUGGGAAAACAGCUUCCAGGUCAUAUCUUUGAGUGAUGGAAGAAUGGUUCAAAGCAUUCGACAGCACAAAGAUGUUGUCAGCUGUGUUGCAGUUACAGCUGAUGGAAGCAUUCUUGCUACUGGAAGUUAUGACACUACGGUGAUGGUGCGGGAGGUUCUUCGUGUCAGAUCCCCAGAAAAGAGAGCUCCUCGUAAGGACUGUAUCAUUGCUGAAACUCCCUUUCAUAUUCUUUGUGGUCAUGAUGAUAUAAUUACAUGCUUGUAUGUCAGUGUGGAGCUUGACAUAGUUAUUAGUGGGUCAAAAGACGGAACUUGUGUUUUCCAUACCCUGAGAGAUGGAAGAUAUGUAAGAUCUUUAAAACACCCAUCUGGCAGUGCAUUGUCAAAACUUGCAGCUUCUCAGCAUGGACGGAUCGUACUUUAUGCCGAUGGUGAUCUCAGUUUAAACCUCUAUUCUAUUAAUGGAAAACACCUUGCCUCUUCUGAAUCCUAUGGGCGCCUUAACUGUGUUGAACUCAGUGGAUGUGGUGAGUUUUUGGUUUGUGCUGGUGACCAAGGACAGGUUGUGGUUCGCUCUAUGAACGCACUCGAGGUUGUGAAAAGAUAUAAUGGGGUUGGAAAGGUAAUAACAUCCCUAACAGUGACUCCAGAAGAAUGCUUCUUGGCUGGGACAAAAGAUGGAAACCUUCUUGUAUAUUCUAUAGAAAAUCCUCAACGCAAAGCAAUUGUUCUUCGGAAUCCAAGAACCAGAGUUAUGAUACCAAGUUAAGCUAUGAUUCAGGAUGGCAAUGGCUGACAAUUAGGCUCUGCUUGGUGAAAAUGAUCUCAGGAAAUGCUAUGAAAACUAUAGGCUCAUAGUUUCAACCAUAUAUUUUAUAGUGCAUGAAGAUGAAUACUUCUGAUGAUUCUUUCUGCAUGAUCCAUCCAACAUACAUACAGCCUUCUUAUAACCAUUUUUGUAACACUACAGAGAUAGGCAGGUAGGUUUACUUUUAGUUUAUAACAUGAUGAGCUGAGACAGAAAUUGGGAUAUUUAACACAUAAUGUAAAAUAAUUUUUGGUUCUACAAGCCUAGGUUUUCAAUUCAUUUGUAUUAUCAAUACCAGCAUCUUUCUCAGCUCAUUGUUUUUGUUUUCUCAAAAACAACAAAAUGUCAAGAACUAUCAACCCCCUAGCAUUGUAUAGAUGGGCUUACCAUGCCUGAUUCUAAAUUGAAUGAAAAAAAAAUACCCUAUUCUUUUCAAGCA